CUCUCUCUCUCUCUCUUUCUCAGCAUCAAGCGCGAGAUGAAGCGCAUCAACAAGCUGGACUCGCGCAUCGACUUCCUCACCAUCUCGGUCGCGUACGUGUACUUUGAGAAGCUGAUCCUGCUGAACCUGAUCAACAAGGAGAACCGAAAGCUGUGCGCGGGCGCCUGCAUGCUGCUGAGCGCCAAGCUGAACGACGUCAAGGGCGAGGUGCUGAAGAGUUUGAUCGAGAAAACGGAGAACGUGUUCCGGCUGAGCCGCAAGGAGCUGAUUGCGUCCGAGUUUGCCGUGCUGGUGGCGCUCGAGUUUAGUCUGCACGUGCCGACCAGCGAGAUUUAUCCGCAUUACCAACGGCUGAUGUACGAAUCCUGAGAGGAGGAGAACGGAAGGACGGCGG